GAUGGUGCGUCCAAGGCUAACCAUUUAUGUCUGUCAGGAGUCGCUGCAGUUGAGGGAACAGCAGCAGCAGCAGCAGCAACCACAACAGAAGCAGGAAGAUGGAGAUUCAAAUGGUACUUUCUUCGUGUACCAUGCUAUCUACCUAGAAGAGCUGACAGCGGUUGAGUUAACGGAAAAACUCGCUCAGCUCUUCAGUAUUUCUCCUCAGCAGAUCAGCCAGAUCUACAAGCAAGGCCCAACGGGGAUCCACGUGCUCAUCAGCGAUGAGAUGGUGCAGAACUUUCAGGAAGAAGCCUGCUUUAUUCUGGACACAAUGGAAGCAGACACCAGCGAUAGCUAUCAUGUCAUUCUGAAGUAGGAGGAGCAUUCCACAGUUACUGGCUGUCGCUUCCUUCACCUCUGGAUGACUGCCCUUUUGAAGGGGACGUGACUGGAGAUUGAAGGUCUUCAGGAACCUGCUCAUCUGGAUGUUGGGGUGCUGUGCAGGGCGACCAGGCUCUAAAGUAGCAUCCCAGCCAACACCCUGCAGUGGCUCCUCAGAUCACUCCAGACAUGGGGUUCAGCGGCAGUUCCUAGUGUCUGGCCCCUGUUGAAUGCCAGUGAGAGCUCCCCGUCACUAGGGUGUGUGGAGAGCACAGUGGUGGUGAGAGUGUGAUAUGUAAUGGGAAGAUGCUCACUUUUGUGACGUAGAACUCUGACAUUUCUCUAAUACGAAAGUGAGCAUCUGUAUUCACAGACCGAAGUUACCAGCCUCGUUUGUAUCGGGCAUUGUCAGCUCUGCUUUGCUCACAACUGACGGCUUCAUCAGUGAGGAGAAAUACAGAAGUUUUCCUCACCCCCCCCCUUUUUCUUUUUUGUGAGGCAGGGUCUCAGGUUCCUGCCUCUACCUCCCGAGAGCUGUGUUUGCCACCUUGCCUGUUUCUGCAGGCUUGGGCUUGCACCGGAGCCUCACAUGAGCUAGUCAAGCCCUCCUCCAGCCGAGCUCCAGCAGGCCCCUCUUUUCUGUUAAGACAGUCUCAGGACUUUGAUUUUGAUUCACCUGUGAUAUCACAACUGAGAGUGUUCUGGGCUAGUAUUUAUUGGGGUAGGAAGAAUGAUAAAUCCUGUAGAAGGAUUAUCUUGUUCUCAUCCCCUCAGGAGACCCAAAACAACUGAGGUGCAGAGUGAGCCAACUGAAGAUAAGGAGGUACAGAGGUGAUACAGCUUGCCAGGGGACAGGUGGCUGCUCCUGGGCCCUCUAUUCCCAGUCUCUGACACGGAAUGCCACCCUUGUCGCCUGUGCUCACCAUCUCUGCUCCCUGGAGCCGUGUGGAAACUGAUGGAUUAGCCUCCGAAGGAGGACAGCAUGCCUAAAUAACGAUCCUCCAGACCUACAAAACCAGACAGACACCAUAGUGCCCGCUCAGAGCUGUGGGAGAGACAAGUGUGUUCCAAGUUUAUUGUUCCUGAGUGCAUCCUCAAGCUGUUUCAACAGUGGCCUGUUACAGCUGCUCCUACAGUCUUACUUUGGCAUAGUGUUUUUAUGUAAACUUUACAAAAAAUAUAUUCUUUUUCCAUUCAAA